AUGGCAAGUCGCAAGUGUCUGCAACCGCCCUUGCUGCUGUCCGCGUCCAAGCUUUCACGGCCAACCGCAAGCCUCCAAGCCAGCUGCUUGAAUCGACUGCCUCCCUCAGCCCUCCGGCGCAAGUCGGGCCCAUAUGGCUACACCCAAUCCAAGGCCCUCGUGUAUUCCAAACACGGUGAGCCCGCGGACGUCUUGAAGCUUCACACCCAUUCCAUCUCCCCUUCCAUUCCAAGCUCAUCCGUCCUCGUUCGAGCGCUCGCCGCAUCAAUCAACCCCGCUGAUAUCAACACCAUCCAAGGCACAUACGGCUCCAAGCAGCCCAUGACGUCUCUCAUCGGCACACCCGAGCCGUCCGCUGUCCCCGGCAACGAGGGCGUUUUCGAGGUGGUGUCGGUUGGCGAUCCGUCGUCACCCCUACACAAGGGCGACUGGGUUAUUCCCUCCGCCCAGCAAAUUGGCACGUGGAGGACCCACGCCGUCUUCGAAGCUGAUCAUGUUCUGAAAGUCGACAAGGAGAACUUGACGCCUACGCAGGUCGCCACCGUGAGCGUCAACCCAUGCACGGCGUAUCGCAUUUUGCGACACUACGGUCCCAGUGCUGGGCUCAAGACUGGCCUGCCCAUGAGGCCGCUCGAGGUUGGCAGUGGCCAGUGGUUCAUCCAGAAUGGAGCCAACUCGGGAGUCGGACGGGCAGCGAUUCAGUUCGGCAAGCUCUGGGGCCUACGCAGCAUCAACGUUAUCCGCGACAGAGACUCCGUCGAGGAGACUGAAACCUUGAAGCAGGAACUUCUUGGCCUGGGCGCGGACGUCGUGGUGCCAGAAUCGCAGUUCCUGUCCAGAGAAUGGAAGGACCAGCUUGCGGACAUUACUCGAGGCGGCCGCGAGGAAAUUGGGCUCGCGCUGAAUUGCGUUGGCGGCAAAUCUGCCACCUCGCUGGCACGAUCCCUGGGCGAGGGGGCCACGUUGGUGUCGUACGGCGGCAUGUCCAAGCAGCCCGUUGCGUUGCCACUUGGCCUGCUCAUCUUCAGGGACAUUCGCUUUGUUGGCUUCUGGCUGUCCAAGUGGAACAGCAAGGACGCUACGGGGCGAAAACACAUGAUCAACGAUAUUCUGAACCUGAUUCGCCUGGGCCAUUUCAAGGACGUGCCCGUGGAUGAAGUCCAGUGGGAUUGGGAUACAGACGAGGCACCGCUCAAGGAGGCAGUACAAGGGGGUUUGAAGGGAUUCAGGAAAGGAAAAGGCGUAUUUCUGUUCGGUGACACUUGA